AUGUCCAACCUGUACUACCCACAACAGCCACGUCGGCAACCAGCCUAUGAAAACCCCCUUCACCAACAACAAUCGCAAUACACAUACGCCAGUUGCGAUGGCGGCCGCUAUCCAUCCUAUCGCUCGCCACAACCGCAAUCUCACCCUUUGGAAUUGGUCUCCUCUUCAUCCCAUACGGGCAUGCUUCCCGCAUCCACCUCUACCGAUGGUAUUGAUUACCACCACUACCACUCGGCUCCAACACCGUACCACGACCCAUACGCAGCUCUAACUGCCCACAACGACCGCCUCGGACCCAGCGUAUCCAAGGAACAUCUGGUAAAGCCUAGUUUUCACUCCAAAGACCUUGCUCAAUCCACUUCCGACAUUAACUACGAUGCCACACUCGGCGCUGGUGCAGGCUACACUCAUUACACUCUUUCCAAAGACUCGGACACCGGUCGAAUCGGCUUUGGUAGGGGACAUCGAAUAGAAGCAACUGAUGGCUUACUUCCCGAUACCGCUCCGGAUAUGCAUCGUUUAAACCGGCAACAGAAAGAAAUCAUGAAACAAUUCCCUCCCGACCUCGACGCUCCAGGUGGUGGCAAGUCUGGCCUUCAAGCGGCAAAAGACUUGCUCAAAGAUUACAAGUGUUGGUUCAAGUUCAAGUAUCUACACUGGUGGUUUAUGCUAGUGGUGGUAAUUGCAAUUGUAGCUCUAACUACGAUCUAUCAUAAACAGAUAGUCGAUUGGCUUACGCCGAUAAGUAGAAAAGUGACUACCGUCGCUUGGGGUUGGAUCGUCCCCGUUGCUAUUUUGUUCAUCAUCUCUUUUCCUCCCUUGUUCGGACACGAGAUCGUCCUGAUUCUCGUAGGUCUCGUUUAUGGUAUUUGGAUAGGCUUCGGAAUAGCCUCUCUGGGAACGCUUUUGGGCGAAAUCGGUAACUUUUACGCCUUUAAGCAUUGUCUUCGCAGCACAGCUGCUAGAUAUGAGAGGAAGAAUAUUCAUUAUGCCUGUAUGGCAGAAAUGGUCCGUGAUGGAGGCUUCUGGGUUAUGUUUCUUGCUAGGUUGAGUGCUAUUCCGGGACACUUUACUACUGCCGUAUUUGCGACGGUGGGGAUGAAUGUCUUCAUUUUUACUUUGGCUGCAGUGUUGGCAUUGCCGAAACAGUUGUUGAUUGUUUAUUUGGGUGUUGCCAUUAAGAACAGUGGCGAUGGUAAGGAGGAUAUGAAGAGUAAAAUUAUAAAGUAUGUAGUCUUGGUCCUUAGUUUUAUCAUCACCCUUUGGACUGCUUACUGGUUGUAUCAGAGGAUGGAGAACAUUAGACCUGCAGUGAGUGGCAAGUUGAGGCAGAAGAGGUAUGAGUUGUUGCUUCAGGCGAGGACACCGGGGACGGAGGCCUAUAGUGGACCGAGAGAGUGGGAGCAGCAACAUCAACAUGCUUAUCCGCCCAGUAGCCUUGGUGCAGGCGGAACCGGGGUGGAUGCUAGUUAUGCUUAUCGACAGCCGCAACAGCCUAGAACGGACGAGAUGUAUAAUCGUCCUGGUGGUCCGCAACCGGGAGAUUAUUCCACCGAAUCAUACCAUCCUUCUCACCCUAUCCCUCCUGCUGGAUCGCUGCAGCACCAUGGUCAAGCGAUCUCGCAACCGCAACAGCGUCGUAUAUCAUACGAGCCGGAUUCAACCGGCACCUUCGCCCAAGUGCAGGGUCGACAAGCAAUAACGGCACCAAUGCAAUUCCAUCGGCCCUUAGCUCGCAAAACCACAGCCUCUCCCCCUACAUCCCCUUUCCGCGAUCCACCAAGCGAUGGCUUCACCCAUCGCCACCCACCCGCGCAAAGGAGGGAAGAAGGGUUACAACUAGAAUCAGUGCCUCUCACCAACACACAAGGCGAAUGGGCAAGCAACUCGAGCCUAGCACCAAGUCCAGUCGAAGGACCGCCUCCAGAAUACGCUUCCUUCCCCCCUAGCAGUCAUGGGCAUACACAACUACAGAAUAGCUGCAAUAGUGCCGCAGCAACAGAAGCGGCAAGAGCAGAUGCUGGUGUACAGAGAUAUCAUCUUUCCGACUAA